AUUAAAUCUAUUUAUUAUUUUCCUUUUUCUUACUCUUAUUCCCUACAGACAUUGGACAAAUAGUCACGCAAUGUCGUUGGUAACCAUGAGUAGCAUUGAAUAUUGUCGUCAUAGUAACUGGCAUGAAUUCUAUAAACAUAGCCACAUUGAUGUGUCAAAGGUCGAAUGAAAAGCUGAUCAAGUAGAGCUUCCUUCCUGAUGUGUAAAGAUGUGAAUGCGUUACGGUCCUUAAACGCCGUUUCCGUCUGAAAAUUUUCGUACGUCCUCAAUCCUUCGGAUCGCCGUAUCAGUUCGUAAAGUUUCAUCGUUUCCACCUUUAAUCGCGAUGUCGUCAAAAAAUACCAACGAAAAGGUUUUGGAGAUCGAUGCACACGUCAGCAAACAUUAUGACAUCGUUCGACGUCUUGGCAAAGGGGCUUACGGUAUCGUGUGGAAGGCGAUAGACAAGAAAAACAAGGACACGGUAGCGGUGAAGAAGAUCUUCGACGCCUUCAGAAACCAGACGGACGCGCAGCGCACAUUCCGUGAGAUAAUGUUCUUACUGUCGUUCGCCAAUCACGACAACAUCAUACGAUUGAUCGGUCUUCACAAGGCGAACAACGACCGGGACAUUUAUCUCGUGUUCGAGUACAUGGAAACCGAUCUCCACAACGUGAUUAAGAAGGGCAAGAUCCUGAAGGACCUCCACAAGGUGUUCAUCAUGUAUCAGCUGUUUAAGGCGAUCAAAUACAUACAUUCGGGGAACGUGAUACACAGAGACCUGAAGCCAUCAAACGUUCUACUAAAUGCUCAUUGUCAUUGUAAAAUCGCUGAUUUUGGACUGGCACGGUCGGUCACUCAAAUAGGCGAAGGAGAUGGUGAAACAGCCAGCGAUCCUACGCUCACGGAUUACGUGGCGACUCGCUGGUAUCGGGCGCCGGAAAUCCUCGUUGCUUCGAAAAGGUACACGAAGGGUAUCGAUAUGUGGUCGCUCGGAUGUAUUCUCGGCGAAAUGCUCCUUGGAAAGCCAUUGUUUCCUGGUUCGUCGACGAUAAAUCAAGUGGAGAGAAUAAUGGCCACUCUCCCGCCACCUACGAGAGAAGAUCUAAUUUCGGUUAGCGCCGGAUACGGAACCAAUUUGUUGGAGAAAACACCGAAUGCACCGAGGCGCUCGUUGAAGGAAUUAUUACCAGAGGUGUCGGAGAAAGCGUUGAGCCUCAUCAGCAAUCUUAUAGUAUUCAAUCCUAAUCACAGAUUGACCGCUGUAGAGGCUUUGGAACAUCCUUAUGUGGCCGAUUUUCACAGAAGAAGCAACGAACCGGAAAGAGGUUCGAGCGUGGUACCUCUGCUCAGGGACGAUGUACAGCUGUCCGUCGACGAGUACAGAAAUAAGCUUUAUUCGAUGAUGGACGAGAAGCAUCGCAAGCAUAAGAAUAUGUCUAAGUCCAGAAUCAGGCGAUUAUCGGAGCACAUCAGGAAGGAAACAGUUAGUAGUAAUAGUAACCCAGUUAUCGGUCAAGGUGACGCGAUUGUUGGUAAAAAUCUUACACACUCAUAUCAAGAUUUACGUAAGGAGAGAGGUAGAAGCGACGCAGCAUACGAGCCCUCUUACGUAGAAGUACGUUCGCAACUGCCAAGCAAAAAGACGACACGGCAUUCGCAAAUUUUUAGUGAUGAAAGAGUUACGAAGACGAGAUCGAUAACUAUGGAGAUGCAGACGCAAAAUCCAAAAAAUCUUCGACCACCUGUUAAAAAUGUGGCAACUCAGUACACGCACAACUUUGUGAACGGCAAUCUGACUAAUUUGACACCGAGCACGACCAAAAGCUGUUUAUAUCUCAAUCAACAACACCGACCAUUAUCCAAAUCUCAACGUUCGAUACAAUCCGAUCAACCAGUGGUGUGUGCUCCUGGAAAAAGAGCGAAUCAAGCAGGGUCUAGUAAUCGGGACAAAUUGCGAAGGAAUAACAAACAGAUCCGCACGACGAAUCGACUCGUGUCGGAGACGAAUUGGCGCGAGGAUGAUCGGCAGAGGACUUCGUUCGGUUACGAGAAUCCGAAGAGGCCUCAGACGAAGUACUUUGCGAGAACGCCUGACAGCACACCCUCUUAUUACCUUAAGUGUCACAGCACCGUCAACAACAACAACAAGAAUAACUCAAACAGCACCGAAUCUUUGUACAAUACUUACCAUCCCACCGUGAAGAAUUUAGCUAUCCGAAACUACUUGAAUCAGACGAUACCAUCGCGCGUGGAAGAGCAAACCCAAUCGUUCCCUUGCCGAACGAGAAAUAACACGGAUUGCCGGAUGAUCCUUCGAAGUAACCCUAGCAAUAUCGAGAAGCUGAAUCAGUCUAUCACUAAUUGUCAAACAGUUAAUGGGAACAAUCGAUCGAGGAACGGACCCCUGAAUCGGUGCCACGUCGCGGGGACGCAGUCGAAACAUUUUAUCGAUGAGAUCGGCACGAACAGCGAGAAGAAGUUGACGCCUAUACGCGACUCGCCCUUCUUAGAAUCCUAUACGCAGAGUCACGGUGUGAUAACGGCGUCAGCGUACAAAGAUCUACGAAACGGGACUAUAAGAUGGUAAAAUGGGCCAGGGCCGAAACUUCCGAAAAAAAGAACGGUUAAUAAUAAUAAUAAUAAUGCUCGAGUAAUACUCGUGAGAAAAAAAUAAUAUAUGUAAAAGGAUUGGAAUAUAUAUAUAUAUAAAAGAAUAUUCCAUCCUUUCGAAAUCCUCGUAUUGGAUUCAACGUAGUAUAAAUUGAUUUGGUUUUUAUUAGAUUAAUUAAAUUAUUCCGGAACAAGUGUUUCUUCUUUUCUGCCCCUCUUCUUUCUCGAGCGAGUGUAAAUAUAAUAGUAGGAAAAGAAAAAAAUAAAAAAACAAAUGUCGAAACGAACAAGUGUGAAUUGUGGCACGGUUGAAGGGUGACCGUUCUUUUUUUCGGAAGUUGCGAACCCUCAGGUUAAAAGCUAACGUUCCUUCCCUAAAAUAAUUUUGCAAGAAGUUAAAUAAAUUAUUUAGAAAAAAGAAAGAAAGAAAAAAAAAAAAGAAUAAAAAUGUAGAACAACGAGAACAACGUAUCGUGCGAUCGCGCGAUAUUUUCGCGAGUUCCUACGGGAAUAAACUGCCGGAGCCUCAAUAAUAUACAUAUAAACAAAGCUAUCACAAGUGCAAGCAUAAAUAGCAAAAUAUAAUAUGAUCUCGAGGCAAAUGAUACUUUAAGCUCUUAGGUAAGAAGAAUUUUGCGAUGUAUGAUCACUUUAUAGUUCUAAGAUAAUAAACGGAAGAACGUAUAUAAAAAAAAAAAAUAAUAAUAAUAAAAAAAUAAUACGAAUAUAGUCGAUUUUUGAAGGUUCACGAUUAUAUCGAGUUGGAUAAUAAGUAACGAAAAAAAAAAAAAAAGAAAAAAAAAUAAG